UUUGACCGACAGUGAGGAGCUGUCAGUCUGCAUUGUGUGGAAGGGACACGCCAGAGACACCAAGAAUCAAUCUAUGUCAUACAUGGCCCAGGACAUGAAAACUGCGUCGGGGAAAAAGUUCCACGUCAUCGUAGCUGGAACUACGAACGGCGCUCAUCGACCCAUUGUUGGAGGGUUUAAAAGCAAAGGCCAGACUGAGGUGACGUCUCCUGAACAGUGUGAUUACCUUCUGGUUUUCUGUCCUGUUGCUUCUCGAGUUGGAACAGACAUCAGCGAGGCCCUGGACCACAUUCCUGCUGGUAAACAAGCAGUUCUGGUGGUGAUGCAUCACACCUUCAAUCACCACCAUGUUAUAGCUGCAAGCAGCAGACUGGUGCAGAAUCCAAACAUUCUCCUCACUGUGGACUGUCUGUUUCAUGACAACAAACUUCUCAACUGUGACCUCAAUAAUAAGAUGUGGCAUGAAGUCUACAACUUUCUUGGAGUUUCCCAGUACUCUCUCUGGAGAAUCUCCUCGAGAUCGAUGGUGGUUCUUCUUGUUUUCGUAGUGGCAGUGGUGGUUGUGUUUCAGAAAGCAGGAUAUGAUUUCUACAGCCAAACGAUAUCAGGAUACGUGCCUCAGGACAUGCAAAGUGUGAUAGUGGUUCUUCUUUUUAUCGCAUUGAUGGUGGUGGCUGCAAUUCGGAAAGCAGGAUAUCCUUUCCUCAACCAAAUGAAAUUAAGAUACGUGCCCCAGGACGUGCAAAGUGUGUCGGGGAAAAAGUUCCACGUCAUCGUAGCUGGAACUACGAACGGCGCUCAUCGACCCAUUGUUGGAGGGUUUAAAAGCAAAGGCCAGACUGAGGUGACGUCUCCUGAACAGUGUGAUUACCUUCUGGUUUUCUGUCCUGUUGCUUCUCGAGUUGGAACAGACAUCAGCGAGGCCCUGGACCACAUUCCUGCUGGUAAACAAGCAGUUCUGGUGGUGAUGCAUCACACCUUCAAUCACCACUGUGUUAUAGCUGCAAGCAGCAGACUGGUGCAGAAUCCAAACAUUCUCCUCACUGUGGACUGUCUGUUUCAUGACAACAAACUUCUCAAUUGUGACCUCAAUAGUAGGAUGUGGCAUGAAGUCUACAACUUUCUUGGAGUUUCCCAGUGCUUUCUCAUGAGAAUCUCCUUGAGAUGGCUGAAGAUAAAGUUGACACCGGUUCGUACUGUUUAUGCAUGUUUCGUGGUGUCUGUCACAUGUGUAAUUUGGAAAGCAAGGCAUUAUUCCUUUGCACAACAAACUCAUCCAGGUUCAAGUUUUGAGGAUUAGGAAAGAGUCUAGAGGUUGGUGGUGAAGGCUCGAUGGCAGGUGACAGGUUGUGGUGUUCUGAACAUCUGGAUGAGGUGGAGAUAUGGAGGAGGAGGUCCACAUUCAACGGUCUUGGAAAAAGAAGAGAAGUGCAGUGAAUUGAAAGAACGAUGGCUACAGGUUGAUUGGCCUGGAAAGUGCUGACAGACACAUCAUUGGACAAGAGUAAUGACAUAGUAAUUGUGAUUGAAGUGGUUUUGACAAUGUGGGAAAACAGAUGUGACAGAGAGAAUAGUAUGGUGGGGAUAGCUCAUAUUUAAAGAGGUUUUGAGACAGGAUGUGUGUGAACAAAUCUUCCUCAUUAAUGUAAAGCUUCAAUAAAAUUUACAAUCAUUUUCUUCUUUGAUGCUGAGCUGAAAUAAUCAUUUUAGAAUGCUAGAAUUCAGACAGCUGAAGCCUCAUAUUAUCCAUCUAUUAAUAUUUACACACAGUCAAGGCUGACUAUGUUCUCCUUCAUCACUUAGAGUAAAAUAUCUUUCUUUGUGGCAAGUAGUUACAGAAACUGAUAGCCCUUUCGCUGUAAUGUGUCAGUAUUGUUUUAAGAUGCAAUUGAAAAAAUGUUAUGUUGUCUGAUGAGAAUGGAAGGGCAAAAUUACCCAGCAUCUGAAAGUAACUGUACUUUUGAGAGACAGGAUUUGUGACAUUAUACGUGUUUAAAUGUGUGAUUACAUUAGCAGAUUAAAUAUGCAGAUUGAAUAAAAACAGCUCAGAGAUAUAA